AUGAAAGGAGGAAGGCUUGCGAUUCGGGGAUGCUCUCAAAAGAAGAGCAAUUCGUUGUGGUCGUUGCCAGAUGAGAUGGUUGUGAAAUGCCUGGCUCACUUGUCGCGAUUGGAUCUGGCGGCCUUUGCUAUGACUUCCCAGAGACACCGGUGUCUCGUAGAUUCCUCUGAGCUCUGUGACUUGAGAUGGGAGAUGGGUUGCAUCGAGGCAUCUCUCUUCGUAUGCUUGCACUUCCCUCCAGAGACAAGCCCUCGCUGGUUCAUCUUCCACCCCGUGCAACGUCGGCUGAGACCAAUCUAUCCGCGCUUGGGUCAGUCAUUAUCAUCCUCUUUCGUGAAAAUUGAUCGGGGCAUCUUUGUUAUCGGUGGAUCCAUAAAAGGCGAUCCCACUGCGGAAGUCUGGUUUUUGGAUUGUUUCAAGCACACAUGGUACCGCAUUCCGCCAAUGAAGAUGCCUCGUGUUUUCCCAUCGGCAAGCCUGAUAGACGGGAAGAUAUACGUCUUUGGAGGCCUUCGAGAUAACGCUGCUGAUCCCUCAAACUGGGCAGAGGUAUUCGAUUUGAAGACCCGAACUUGGGAGUUUUUGUUUGUGUCUACCCCCAAGACUAUCUUUCAAAACGUGGUGAUAGACAACAAGGAGCUCUACGCGGUUGACAAGGAUGGUCAGGUCCUCUCUUUCUCACCAAGUAAAUUAGGAGGUACAUUUGUGGCAUGCGAGAAAACAGAUCAUUCUAUGCCGAGAUACAGAAACGAUUGGUGUCUCAUUGGGACAUUGUUAUUCUGCCGUGCUUUCGAUACGUUAUGGUGGUGUGAGCCAUCUGAGUUGGAUUGGAAGCAAGUCAAGGGUUUGGAAGAGGAGCUGCCACAUCCUAAGGACUGGGGAUUUUAUAUCACAAAAGUCUUCACCAACUCUGCUGGGAACAUUGUCAUCUUGUGGCACACUCAUCCUCGAGGUCUUCUUGACAAUUUGGACCUUUGGUGUGCCGAGGUUUCCGUGGAGAAACGCAUGGGAAGCAGUGAGCUUGAGCUUUGGGGCAAGUUUGAGUGGGCCAGUGCUGUCGUGGGACUCCUUGAUUACCUCCCUGUAGCAUUUGAAAUUCAUGUCUUAUAUGCUGAUUAUGUCCUUGUUGUUUAA